AAAUGCCAUCUAUGGAAGAAAGUUCUGACUCAAUGGACAUAAGCAAGAACUCAAGCAAAGUAAAUGGGAACGCUUGUUCUUGGAACAAAGGAAAAGCUAUUACUUUUUCAAUAAUGAGUUUACAAAUUGGUGUGACUUUAGCAAUUAUUCUUCCUUCAGUAAACAAAACCAGCACUUUAAUAAUAUUCAGCCUUCUUUAUGCUAUUUUUAUGAUUCUGACACUUCUAUUUUGUUGGAUAACCUCUCUUAUAAACCCAGGUCUUUUGAACAACAAAUAUCAUUCUUCAAAUUCAGUUCCUGGUGAUAUUGAAGAAGGACACCAAGCAUUGAACUGCAACUAUUGUCAAACUCAGGUAACUGAGAGGUUUAAGCACUGAAGAGAUUGAAAUAAAUGUAUUAAAGAUUUUGAUCAUCAUUGAUGGUGGUUAAACACCUGUAUUGGCUCUAGCAACUAUAAGUACUUCAUUCUCUAUCUUGUAGCUUAUUGAAUAAUGAACAUAGCAGCAAUUGUUCCUUCAUUUAUUGUAGUUUGAGCCAAAAGCAAGAGCAAUGCAGAGCAAUUUGGAAGUUCUCAUCUGGCAAUUCGAAUAUGUGCUAUCUCAGCUUGAAUAAUAAGCCUUAUACUAUCUUUAUUGACAUUAUCCUUUUGAGGAGGACUCUUGAUGUUUCAUUUGUACCUUCGGAUCAAAGGCAUUACAACUUAUGAAUUCAUAAUUUUGCGGAGGAGAUCUAGAAUAAACAAAAUAAGCAAAAUAAGUGCUGAAUUGAAAAAAGAAAAGGCACAGAUAGAAGCUAGAAUUAAGGAUGCUCUUAAACAGCACAAAAACUCUAGUCGAGAAGAAUUUAGUUCUAUUGAGAAAUUCGAUAUCCCAGGAUUCAAUCAUACUUUUAACGUGAACUUUAAUGCUAACUCAAGGAUAUCAAAGAACAUUCUUACAAUAGAGUCAACCCCUUGAGCAAAUUCUUGUCAGGUAGACUUUCUAAAUUUAUCAAGGAGAGAAAUUCAGAACAAUUCUUCAGAGGAAUAAGUACCCUUUAAUAUUAAAUUUCUUUCAAUU